UUAAAAAUAACUUAUGAUUCACUACGCCAAAAACUGGAAUAGACAGCGCACCUUAGAGGGCGCUUUAUUACAAAAGCGCACUCUAAAGUGAAGAGAAAAAAUAAGGAGCGAACAACUGGAAUAGACAGCGCACUUUAGAGGGCGCUUUUGUAACAAAGCGCCCUCUAAAGUGAAGCGAAAAAAUAAUGAGGAAAUGGAGGGACACCAAUAGAGGGCGCGUUUAUGAAAACGCCCUCUAAGGGUACCCUUAGAGGGCGCUUUUAAAAAAACGCUCUCUAAGUCCAUGUACAUUUCCACUUUAUAAGGCGUUUUUGGAAAGUCUUAGAGAGCGCUUUUAGAAGCGCCCUCUUAGGCCCCCUUUAGAGGGCGCUUUUUUUACACAAGCGCCCUCUAAGGUCCCCUUUAGUAAACAUUAAAAUUAUAACAUAUACUGCAUGUCUCUUUAUUUUCCCUCGCUAUAUGCUAUUUCGUUUACGUAACUGGGUUUUCUCUCUACUGCGAUUACUCUCUACUGCGAUUACUCUCGUCCUCCGUUCGUUCUCCCUCCCUCACCGUCGUCGUCGCCGUCGCCUUUUUCUGCUGCUGCGUUCACGUUCACUGAGUUAUCUGCGUCCACCGUCGCUGUUCACUUUCUUCUCCAUCGUUACCGUCACCUUGAAGUAACCAAGACGAUACCCAUGACGCGAGUGGAUCACGUAACAAUGUUGAAAAUGAAAUCAAACGAGGAUUGACUGUUAUGAAGUCAAUCAUUCGUGCAAGAGACAAGGGUGAAAAAUUCGAAGUACAUUGGAGUGCUGAAGACCAACUAAUUGAGCCUAACGGUUCAAUGUUGGCAAGUUACAUUGGUUUCCUUGUUUGACAACAUAUUCCGAUUACAUGUGAUAAUUGGAGAAGUCCGGAAUUGAAGGUUGACAAAGAAAAAAUAUGGUCCGAGAUACAGAGAUCCUUUCACAUCGAUGAAAGCCGGCAAAAAUAUUGUAUUCAAUUGGCCGGAAAAAGACUCCGAGGAUUUCGAUCCUUUUUGUCCAACAAAUUUCUCAAGGAUGAGGAAGGAAAAUUUGUUGAAGCAGAACGGCCAAUGAAGUAUGCGGAGAUUAUUUCAGCCGAAGAAUGGGAUAACUUUGUUGCCAAACGAAGAAACGAAAAAUUCAAUGAAGUAAGUGACAAAAAUCGGAAAAGGGCAUCAAAACCCGCGUAUCCGUACAAAAAAGGGCGUACGGGAUAUGCACGGUUACAACAAAGAAUUCUAGCCGAGGAGAAAAGUGACGCAACAUCUCUUCCGGAGCACGUAUUGUGGAAGGCUGCUCGGGUUGGGAAGGAUGGGGCUGUCGUUGAAGCGGUUCAAAAUGUUUAUGACGAAUGUGAGACUUUAUCCCAAACCUUACCUUCAACCGAGGUCCAGGAUUGCAGGAGCCUACUUAGUCGAGUACUAAAUGUUCCUGAGUAUUUCGGUCGUGUGAGAGGUAAGGGUUUUAGUGUGACUCCGUCGUCAUUUUAUAAAAAACCAAAAACAAAAAAUCCUACCAACAAAGAGGUGAUGGAGACCUUGGCGGAGUUAAGGGCACAAGUACUCGAACUGCAAAAGGAGAAUGCAAGGUAUAGAGAGGAAAUGCGCGGUUCCGAGGCAAAAGAUACUAGUGUCCGAGCUAGUAUCAAUUGUCAACCGAAAUUUCCCGAGGGCAUUACACCUUGUCAGCUGUAUCUAUCGUCACCAACUUAUCGCAUAGUUGGCAAGGGAAAAGUGCACAACACUUCGGGUGAAUUACUUCACCAUAAUCCCCUCCCGGUGGGAUAUAUGAAAGUUUCGGUUGACCUUGUAUUAGAUACGGACGCGCUUCUACCAUUACCUGACAUUGUUUCAGAGACAACGUUGAUGCGAGAUGCAGUCGGAUCCUUUGUUGGAUGGCCGUCAGAUCUAAUUUUCCCAGAUGCCGAGACUCCUACAAGACCCACACAUAAAGCUGGUAAAGGGAUUUUAAGACGCAUCGAGUCGGUUGCAUCUCAAAAAGAGGUUCCCGGUCGAAUGUUGAAAAAAGCUGGUAAGGAUAUUCCAACGAAGUCCGGGACAAAAACAAAUCCUAAAUCUCAAAAAGAGGUUCCCGGUCGAAUGUUGAAAAAAGCUGGUAAGGAUAUUCCAACGAAGUCCGGGACAAAAACAAAUUCUAAAUCUCAAAAAGAGGUUCCUGGUCAAAUGUUGGACAAAGCUAGUAAGGAAAUUCCAACGACGUCCGAGACAAAAUCUCAAAUUAUGAUGCGUCUUGAGAAAAUGGUGGAAGAGUCAGAUAUUAUGCACGGCGCCAUCCGUAGUGUAGAUAUGGAUGAAGGUGUUUUCGGAAUUGCUCAUUCCGAAUUAAUUGCAAAGGAGGACAUGCAACAACUUUUUGAACACGAAGAAUUGGACAUCGCUGUCAUUCAUACAUACAUAAGGUAUAUGUAUGACACAUUGAUGCGGGGAACUGAAUUUUGUAACCGAUUCAAUUUUAUUGCUGCUUCCCGUAUCAACACAACGUUUAUAACGAAAAAUCCAACAUCCGUAAUGAAUGAACUAGUCGAUAGAUUCAUGGUGGCCGUCGAUAAUACUACACCCAGUUUGUAUUUUUUACCGUUUAAUUCUGGCAACGGUGGUCACUGGGUGUUGGUUGCUAUGGAUCUUUCGAGACUAAUGGUGUAUUAUCUCGAUUCGUUACCGGGUAAUUGGAGUAAAUAUCCGAGUAUGAAGAAGACGGUUGACGCGGCAAUACUAAAAUUUAGAUCGAAAAAGAAUUAUCGUAAUAGGAAGGACAUUACCUGUGUCAGAGUUCAGUGUCCUCAGCAAAACAAUUCGAUCGAUUGCGGAUUUUUUGUAUUGAGAUUUAUGAGAAAUAUCAUUGCGUUGAAUCGUAUAGACAUCCCAAAAAUGUACUUUGACGAAUACAAAUCUUACUCAAGAGCUCAUUUGGAUGAAAUGAAGGAUGAAUUGUGUCAAUUCAUUAUUGAUCAUAGAAUCAUAUAGGUUGUAGUUGUUGUACAUAUAUGUAUGGAAUGUUGUUGUACAUGCAUGAAUAUCAAUAUAUUAAUGUUGUA